ACAGAUUACUGUUUAAAACUAGAAUGUCUUGCAGUGCAGACACUGGAAUUAGAAGGGAACCUACCCCCCCACCCAUUAAAUACCUCUCUCUGUACACUAUUAUCAGGGACACAUUAAUCGACCAGAUGGACACCUGAGUUGACUCCAUAGACUGUAAGAGUUCAAAUGGGUAAAGAGAAAGAAAUGCUUAUACAAAAUCAACAAAUUAAAAAUGAUAAUGAAGAAGAAAGCAACAAAAAAAUAUCUUCAAGAGUAUUGUGGUGUGCUGGAGCUAAAACAAAGAAGGAAAAUAAUGAGAAAUUACACUGAAGUAACAGAGUUUAUUCUUCUUGGAUUGACGGAUGAUCCGCAGUGGCAGGCUGUACUCUUCACACUCCUGCUUGUUACCUACAUGCUGAGUGUGACCGGGAACCUGACCAUUAUCGCCCUCACCCUUUCAGACCCCCAUCUGCAGACGCCAAUGUACUUCUUCCUUCGGAACUUCGCAUUCCUAGAAAUAUCCUUCACGUCUGUCUGCAUUCCCAGAUUCCUUGUCACUCUCGUGACGGGGGACAGAACCAUUUCUUAUGAUGGUUGUGUGGCGCAGCUGUUUUUCCUUAUCUUCUUGGGGGUGACAGAAUUUUACCUCCUGGCCGCCAUGUCCUAUGACCGCUACGUGGCCAUCUGCAAACCUCUCCAUUAUACCAUCAUCAUGAGCAGCAGAGUCUGUGCACUUCUUGUCUUCAGCUCAUGGCUUGCAGGAUUCCUGAUCAUCUUUCCACCAAUAAUCCUGCUGCUGCUGCAGUUGGAGUUCUGUGCCUCCAAUAUAAUUGAUCAUUUCAUCUGUGAUGCUUCUCCAAUUCUGCAGCUGUCCUGCUCCAGCACUCGCCUGCUAGAACUCAUGGCAUUUUUUUUAGCUGUGGUCACACUCAUGGUCACGCUAACACUAGUUAUUCUCUCCUACACAUAUAUCGUCCGGACGAUUCUGAGACUUCCUUCCACAAGUCAAAGGAAAAAAGCCUUUUCCACAUGCUCCUCCCACAUGAGAGUUGUCUCCCUCUCUUAUGGCAGCUGCAUCUUCAUGUACAUUAAGCCUUCGGCAAGGGAAAGGGUGACUUUAAGCAAAGGAGUGGCUGUGCUCAAUACCUCAGUGGCCCCUCUUUUGAAUCCUUUCAUAUACACUCUACGAAAUCAGCAAGUGAAGCAAGCCUUCAGGAACAUGGUCCAGAGAAGGGCCUUUUCUUCAAACCAAUGAAUAUUUUUUAAAGCACCUCUGGAAACAAAGCGAAGUGAAAAACUCUUUCUCUGCAUAAAUUCUUUCAACACUUCAUUUCGCUUUCAGUUAGAUAUAGUUAUAAAUCAUCAAUGACUCUUACUAGCCUAAAACAACGUCUUAACUAUUUAAAGUUAUAUAGAGAAGAUCAAUGUUUACUUUGUAACAAAAGUUUAGAUGUCAGCAAUCUCCAUUGUUUCUCAUGUCAAAGCAAGGUAAAUUAUAGGUUCGUGCAAAAACAGUGUGUUAUAAGAUGCUUACUAAAACCAUGUACAAAAAUAAAAUUUAUUUCAUACUAAAUAAAAAUAUGUACCUUAAUUAAUAACUCUAAAAUUUCUUCUUCUGCGGCACCAAGAAAACAUGUCAUGAAGUUUAAAGCAUUAUUGAAAUAUGUCCUUAACUUGUCAAGAACAUAUAAUCAAAAGGUGUUGAAAAAUUUAAUAGAAAUUUGAGAUAAAAUGUGCUGUGAUAAUUAUUACUUGAAAUGAGACUGUAUCAAUUUUUGUAUUAGUUUUCCUAGAAAAUAAGAGCAGUUUUUGUGCAACAGAGGAGGUUUAAUUUAUCUUUUUCCUUUGGUAAUGCUUUGUUUUUAAAAAGAUAGAUUAUUUGACUAAAGAUUUCCCUCUUUAUACCAGCCAUAUUAGAAAAGGAAGACCAUGGUUUAUGAAGGCAAAUCAAGCCAUCACUUAAUAUUCAUAUUUAUAUCCAUACUCUUUCAAAUAACACAAAAAUGGUGUUGCAAACAGACAUGGGCAAAAUGACAAACAGAAUCUAGAAAGGUGUGAGAAAUUGAGAGUCUAGAGAGUAUCUUGGAAAUGAUGCUAUAGAAAGUAUUUAUGCUUUUGUUUUCCUUUAUUAGCAAAUCUACAAUACUGUCUCUGUCUUUCCAUUGUCUCUUUCACAAAAGGGUCUACCUCCCUCACUCUUAUCUAAGAGCAUGACCCUGGGAGGUAGUGUUUGAUUAUUGGAAAGAAUGUGCCCAAGCCUACUUCCUAUAGUUAAUGAGGCAGUAACAAAAACUAAAACUAUGUGCAAGCAUUUUGAACGAUAUUAUGACAUCAGGUGAGCAAUGUUGAGGAAUGGAUUGAGAUACAUCAAUUUAUCUCUUCGAAACCUAGCUCUUAGUCAUACUUGGGGGUGAACUUAUUAUUCUGAAAGACGGAAUCUCAUGCAGCCUCUCUGCACAUUUAAAAAAGUCAUUAUGGUCACCUGUUGAGGGGCCCUAAAAAAAAAAAAAAGAGUACUUUCAAUUAAUAUGAAUGACUUGGUAUAAAAUGGCAUAUGCAUCUCAAAAUUAAUGGGCAGAAAUGAGAAGCAGAGAAGAGGUUAUCAGGGAGUAAAGACCUUUCUCUAGAACUGUUUGAUUUCUUAUGUUGCUGCUUCCGAUUUCUUUAAAAUACCAAGGAGUUCUCUUGUGUCAUACC